AACUUUAACAAGCUUUCUUUCAUUGUUUGCCUGAUUGGUUUAGAGAAGAAAAUAAAACCAGUUUAAAUCACGAGUCUAAAUUUCUGGCUAAUGUAAAACCACCAUUACACAGUUUUACAUACAGUAGCUAAACAUUUGAUCAUAACUACUGUGAACAAAAAAAGAAUAUAUACUUCUUUUUUAAAUCUUAUGAAACUAAACUGCAUAUGAAAGUAAGUGGAUCAGAAUUACUUUAUUGCGCAUUUAGUAAGAUACGGGUUUUUCCUAACAUGGCUGUACAUCAAACAUUUUCCUUUCAACAACUUCAUAUUACAAGAAGGCUGCCCACUCACAUCCUCACUAACAGACGCACGCCUCAGCUGGGACACCUUAAGAAAAACGCAAAAACAAACUGAAGAGCUUCAGCCAGCAUCACAGUCUCGAACGGACAAGGAAACGUUACCAUGCCUGACAGGUUCACUUUGCUCACUAUCAGCUUUUCUUUUUUACUUCACAAUGUUUGUAGUUGGAACGUGAGUGAACCUCUCAACCACACAUUCAAUGACGACGACUCUGUCAGUGUCACAUGCAUGUUUUAUGGAGAAGAAAAGUUUGAAUUGGAAGCUAAGCUGAAAAAAAAUGGUGUGAAUUUUUGUGAGGUUUCUUCAGAAGAAACCAAGUGUAAAUGGGAGCAUAAGGACAAUAAAUUCACGUUCACCUUAAUGGAACCUCCUCAGACCUGGCACAAAGAUAUAUUUUCCUGUGAGAUAUCCAAAAUAAAACCAUUCCCAAUUGAACCUAAAACAGGACCGGGAAUUAAGCUUUUCCGAGGUUGCAAAUAUACAUUUGCUCCACUGAACAACAGCUGUCCAAUCACUAACCAAACAACUGGAGCACUUCCCACACCUGAAGUACAGCCCACACUUGAUGACACGUAUACCCUAUUAAUCUGUGGUCUGCUCAUAGUGGUGGUAAUGCUGUCUCUCUACAGCAUUAUUCUUACUGCCGUCUACAUCAGAUUGAGGGUCACAAAUCUUGAAUCUAUGGACACUCUAACCUACGUGCCAAUGCAGAGGAAUGUAAAACGGCGUGAUCUAGAAAACACUGAAUAUGUGGACAUGCGUGAAGUGCAGAAGCGGGAAGGAUACCACAGAGAUAUGAACCACAACUCUCAUCUUGAAAGUAUCAGAGGCCAUUUUUAAUGGCAUCAGUGAGCUCAUGCUUUACCUGUUCUAUGAAUUUACUGCUUGUUAUACUUAAGCUACAUCAUAGAAAAUCACAGGAUAAAACUGAUGCCUGUCUACCAAGCAAAACUGACUUUUUUGAAUACCUAAAUCUGCAUAUUGCUCCUGCACCUCAAUCAACUGCUCAAUUAAGUCUUGAUGUUCUGUUGCACAUGGAUUCAUCUGGUGGCUUGUACUACCCAAUGCUGAACUGUAGCUUUGCCAAGCUAAAUGUAGCCUAUAUAAAAUAUCUAGUUAGGGCAUUUUUGUAAUAAUUAUUUUGAUCCCAUGGACCAAUAAUCAAUGAUUAUAUCAGUUUUUUUUUUUUUUUUUUUUACUCCUGACCCCCAACCAAAAAAAGAAAAAGGAAAUAAAUAAACUUUUUUUCUAAUCAUAAACAGGCUUUAUACAGAGACUAUAUUGAAUGAUGAAUUCAAUUUGCUGAUUAUUUGGUGAAGUAAAUAAAGAAAAAUACAGUAAAAUAAGCUCUCACAAACGUGUUAGCCUAUAUAGGCUUAUAGAUGUGCAUGGCAGAUAUAUAUUCUAUAUAUAUAGAAUAGAAUAAGCAGACACAAACUAAUUUUUAUUAUUCAAAAUUCGUAUUUCAUUAAAAAUCCAAAAGAAAAUUAUAAAGCUUGUUUUGAAUGUAGGCUAUAUAAAUGCUUAAUUUAAUUUCUAGCUUUUUUAAGCUUCUCUAUACCGACGUUAUCUGGUGCUAUACUGACUUUGGCUUCUUUUUACACUGUAAAAAAUAAAUUAAUUAAGUAAUUCAGACCUCCUCAACUAAAAAGUUUUCUUUUGACUGAUAUCACACAUUUUUCAAUCGGCCUAACUGAAUUUGUGUGAAUUAGUGAUUCCAUCUAAAUGUUCCAAUUGGCCAAA